AUGAGGGUUUGGGGAUCGGAGAUCGUCUUCGCCAUGUUGCUCUGUGGGACCCUCUCUUCCACAGCUCAACCGCAUCAUCAUCAACAUAGGGUUUCUCUCUCCACUACCACCAACGUCGCCGUCUGUCCCGUUUACUCCCUUCUCGAUUUCAUCUUAGGGUUUCCAGAUUCCACCUGCCCCCUUCCCGAUUCUCUUGGAUCCAUUGCUGUCACCGAGGGAGAUGAGGUUUCUUUGCAGAAGGCGCUGAAUAUGGUUCAUAAGAAUAAUCACGAGUAUGUGGCUGUCCUCUUCUAUGCGUCGUGGUGCCCUUUCUCGCGGGUGUUUAGACCGGUUUUCUCCGUCCUCUCUGCACUGCACCCUUCCAUUCCUCAUUUUGCUAUUGAAGAAUCCUCUGUUAGGCCAAGCAUACUGUCCAAAUAUGGUGUCCAUGGUUUCCCUACACUGUUCAUUUUGAAUUCAACCAUGCGGGUUCGGUAUCAUGGGUCUCGGACGCUUGCCUCGCUCAUUGGUUUCUACAAUGAUGUUACUGGGAUUAGAAUUGGAUCAAUUGAUCAGCUAUCACUUGAGAAAAUUGGUCGAUCUUCCACUGAUAAAAGUCAUGGUAAAACCGAGCCUGAAAGUUGUCCAUUUUCAUGGGCUAGAUCUCCAGAAAAUUUACUGCGGCAGGAAACUUAUUUGGCUCUGGCCACUACAUUUGUGGUUUUGAGAUUACUAUACUUGUUUUUUCCUACGCUGCUUAUAUGUAUUCAAUAUGCUUGGAGAAGGGUCAUCAAUAAUAUUAGAUUAGGGAGCUUGCUGGAGCAUCCUUAUAUUUAUUUGAAGCGGCUAAUACAGUCAUUUAACUGUUUGAAAGAGCCUUGCAAGAGAAGUAAUCUGCAGGAAGGAGCAAUGAAUGCUAGAGCAUGGGCAUCCAAGUCCCUUGCCACCGUAUCAAUCGGAGAGGAAAGCAACAGCCGCGGGAUGCACCAGUGA